AUGCUGCCAUACCGUGAUAUAAUAGUUGGCUUUGAUGUUAGGUCUGAGAAAUUCGAGAUUGUUUUUUACCCAGAAGAUGACUCUUGUCAAUUGAUAAACUAUAUGGGUAAAUUAGGUGUCGUUUAUUCUGAUGGUUAUUAUGAUGAUGAUGAUGACUAUGCCAUUGAGUUGCAUGUGUGGGUUCUAGAAGAUUUCGAGAAAAGGGAAUGGUCCAACUAUGACUACAUUUUGAGGGAUGAUAAGGUCUGGCAUAAUAAUGUUUCAGUCGUUGGAGUGACUGCUACUGGUGAAAUUGUUUUGUCGAUGAUCCGCUAUGCAUCUAAAAAACGGUUUUAUGUUUUAUACUUCAAUCCCGAAACGGAGACGGUCCAACGUGUUGAAAUCAAAGGUUUUGGAGCUUACAAUGAAGAGCAUGGCGAGUACUUUAGUGUUGACACCUUUGUAAACCAUGUAGAGGAUCUUAAUGUCAACGAUGGGAAGCUACUCUAUGGUCAAUAUGUGAAGUUGGAAAAAAAAUAUCAUUGUGAAGAAAAAUAUCAUUGUGAGAUAAAAUAUCAUUGUGGAGAUAAAGAUGGAGAAUACGAUGAUAACAAUUAUUAUGUAGAUGAAGAAAUAGAGCUUGAGGAAUAUGAUUCUGGAGAUGACUAUAGGUUUCAAUAUACAUGUGAUUAUGAUUAUGACUAUCUCUUUCAUUGUGGAGAUGAAGAUGAAUCAGAAGAAGAAGAUAAUGAAAAUGAGAGGGAGAGGAAGAAGAAGACGAAGAAAAUGAAGAUGAAAAAGAAGAAGAAGAUGAAGCAUCCGAAUCAGAAGGAGAAGGGAAAUAAGAGAUUGCACAUGGAUGCAAAAGAGGAAGCUGCAACGAGAACAAUGUAG